UGAAAUAAGGAAUAAAGAAGAUAUCUGGGGUGAGACAGUUUGAAAUGGACUCCCCGCUGCCUUCACAACUACAAGUCAGGGUCUCAGUGCCAUUCACACAGCCUCCUUCCCACUGGAAGAGCAGCACAGCUGGGAAGAGGAUCCCAGGAACUGACCUGCCAUACUCAAGGGCAUCAAGUAAACAUGUCCACAAGUCAAAGAAGGAAUCUAGCAAGUUCAUGUUGAGGUAUAUUCUCAAGACAAGACACAGUGACUCAUUUGCUUUUCUGGAUAACAUAAUCCAUGGAUAAAGUGGGAAAGAUGUGGAACAAUUUCAAAUACAGGUGCCAGAACCUCUUUAGUCAUGAGGGUGGAAGCCAAAAUGAGAGUAUAGUUGUGAACUCCAAUAAUUGCUCAUCUGGUAAAGAGAAAGCCAUCCAGAUAACUGACUUGACUCAACAACAGCCCAGCAGCCCUUUGAGAGAAAACAUUGCUUUGCAAUUAGGUUUAAGUCCUUCAAAGAAUUCAGCAAGGCGGAACCAAAACUGUGUCACAGAAAUUCCUCAGAUUGUUGAAAUAAGCAUUGAGAAAGAGAAUGACUCAUGUGUCACCGCAGGAGCCAGGCUUGCUCGAAGGGACUCUUAUUCUCGGCAUGCUCCUUGGGGUGGGAAGAAGAAGCAUUCCUGCUCUACCAAAACACAGAGCUCCUUGGAUGGUGAAAAAAGAUUUGGUAGAACACGAAGUGGUUUGCAGAGGAGGGAGAGAAGGUAUGGGGUGAGCUCAGUCCACGACAUGGACGCGGUAUCCAGCAGGACAGUAGGCAGCCGUUCUCUGCGGCAGCGUCUCCAAGAUACUGUUGGGCUGUGUUUUCCCAUGAGAACUUACAGCAAGCAGUCCAAACCUCUGUUUUCUAACAAAAGAAAGAUCCACCUCUCUGAACUAAUGCUUGAGAAAUGCCCUUUCCCUGCAGGCUCAGAUCUGGCCCAGAAGUGGCAUCUGAUUAAACAACACACAGCACCCGUGAGCCCUCAUUCAACUUUCUUUGACACAUUUGAUCCUUCCUUGGUUUCCACAGAAGAUGAAGAAGAUAGACUCAGAGAGAGACGUAGGCUUAGUAUUGAAGAAGGGGUUGAUCCCCCUCCCAAUGCCCAAAUACACACUUUUGAAGCUACAGCACAGGUAAAUCCAUUGUAUAAACUGGGACCAAAGUUAGCCCCUGGUAUGACUGAGCUGACCGGGGACAAAACCAUAACACCUCCAGGGAGCUGUGACUCCGAAGAGGACACGACGACGCUUUGCCUGCAGUCGCGCCGGCAGAAGCAGCGUCAGAUGUCAGGAGAGAGCCAUGGCCAUAUCAGCAGGCAGGGGGCUUGGAAAGUGCACACUCAGAUCGACUACAUCCACUGCCUCGUGCCGGACUUGCUCCAGAUCACAGGUAACCCGUGUUACUGGGGCGUCAUGGACCGCUACGAAGCAGAAGCACUUCUGGAGGGGAAACCCGAAGGCACUUUUUUGCUCAGGGACUCUGCGCAGGAGGACUACCUCUUCUCGGUGAGCUUCCGCCGCUACAACCGCUCGCUGCACGCACGCAUCGAGCAGUGGAACCACAACUUCAGCUUUGAUGCCCACGACCCCUGUGUGUUCCACUCCUCCACUGUUACGGGGCUUCUGGAACACUACAAAGACCCCAGCUCUUGCAUGUUUUUUGAACCCUUGCUCACUGUAUCUCUGAACAGGACCUUCCCCUUUAGUCUGCAGUAUAUCUGCCGGGCGGUAAUCUGCAGGUGCACUACGUACGAUGGAAUCGAUGACCUUCCUCUACCCUCAAUGUUGCAAGACUUUCUAAAGGAGUAUCACUAUAAACAAAAAGUCAGGGUGCGAUGGCUGGAGCGGGAACCUAUAAAAACAAAGUAAAAGGAAAUCAAAAUAAGCUUCUGGAACGUGCUUUUUUUUGUGUAUUACAGUUUAACUGCAGCAAGCGCACCAAUGGCGUCUAGCUUUUCUGCAAUACCCUAUUUAAGCUGAGUGUUAGUAUCCUGUCAGAUGCUGCCUGCUGUUAAUCAAACUAAGUUGUGAUGCCUCUUGGAAACAAUAAGCAGACACAAUUCUGCACGUUUUUCAUUAAGGCCUAAUGAAAAUAUUUUUGCUAAUUUCUAAAUAUUUUGUUUCCCUUUUAUAGCUGUAGUAAUUGGCUGAAGAAACUAUGAGGCAUUUCCCAUGGGGCAUUCAUGCAAUGCUGUUAAAGAAAGGCUUUAUUGGAGGGGCAUUUUUGCUAAUAUUUGAAGUAUUUUUUUUAAAUUCUCUUCUUGAAAACUUUCCUCAACUCAAAGUAAUAAUUUAGCUCACAAACAAGUUUCCAAAUACUAGUGAAUAUUUUCUUGUAAUGAAGAGCAGUUCAUUAGAAGCAGUCCAUUAAGAGUUAAUGGUGCUUUGAGGCUAACAGAUGAAUCAUGCUUUUCACAGUGUAUAAUGUUUCCUAAUCAUUAAGACUUGAAUAUGCCUGCUCAGUACUGUAAUUCUGUUACAAACACUUGGAGAUUUAAGUGGCAUUGUUAGCAAAAGUAAUACUGUCUCAGACAGUUAAAAAUACCUUCCAGUGUGAAUUGCUGCUUCUGUGGCAGGACACAGAAUUAGAUUCUUGCUGUGGAACAGAAGGUUGUGGGUUUUUCCCAAAACAGAUUUUGGUGUCCUGGCUGCUAGUAACUUACAGUGGAAGGUAAUAGUGACAAGAAAAAAAUUCUUAAUUAUUUAAAGUUGUCUGAUAUUUUUAUGGAGAACAUGACAAGUGGUUGAAUUAUUAUAAUCAGAAUACAAAAUCUGACAUAUCUGAAGCAAAUGUCAGGUUUCAAAGGUACUGGUACACUUUAUUUGUAAAUAUCUUUCCAUCUGCGCUUUUAAAAAUGUUUUAAAGUAAUAUGCACUGAUGAUAGUUUCAACAGAUUACUUAGAAACAAGAUUCUAACUUCUGUUUGCUUAUUUACUUGGAGAUGGAACUUAAAAGUAGUUCUAUCUUAGAUAUUUUGCACUAAAAUCUUGUUGGAAUGCCCUGACCCCUGUUUAACGUUUUGUACCAAUUCUGAGUGCUCCCUAGUUUCUUUACCAGCUGCUACAGUAUUUGAUUCCUUCCUUCUCUACGGCAGUGACCUGUGUGAGGUAGGAAACAUUUUGGCUGCAAGUACAAUAAACGUUAUUCUUGUAUGCUACACUAACCCUUCUAUUGAUGUAUUUUUCUGCUUGCUGUGCCUUGUUCUGGCUUUUUGUGCUAAUAAAGUACAGUAUGUUCAGUGUUAUACUUGUAUAUCUGCUCUGUUUUUAUAUAUUCACCUAACUUGUAGCAGUUAAAUGAAUUUUUAAUAGGCUUUUCUUAGUAUUUAGGAUAGGUAAUGCACAAGUACUGUGCAGUUGAGUAUUAGUUGGUCAGCACAUCUUACUCCUGGUUUUUGUUACAGCAACUUGACAGUGUACACCAUUGAAUAACGUUUCUGUAGUCACUGCAAGGUAGUGGACUUGUCUGCAGGCAUAGAGCAUUUUACAGGUUUUUGUAAUGCAAAGGAUAAAUGUUAAGCAAAAAGUGUUCUAAAACAUUAUUGAUCCCCUGUAAUGGUUGCUGAAGGUGUUUCAGCUUGUUGUAUAGGUAACUGCUAAGGUUAAUAUUUUGAUACUCCCCACUGAGGAAUGCUUAUUCCUUUAAAUUGACAGUACAGCAGCGACAUUUGUUCACUUUUAGGCUAUUUUGAUAAAUAGAUGUACACACAAGCUGGCCAAAUGUCCUGUUUUUACCAAAGAAUACUGUCAAUUUAUGUUGGGGUAUUUUUUUAGUUAAAAAAAAAAAAAACAAACUCAAGAGCGGAGAGGUGCAAUUUUUGUUCUAUCAAAUAUUUAUCCCAAGCUAUGAUAAACCAAAGUAUUUGACAACUUCAUCUGAACCUAAGUAAUGUAUACGUUUAUGUUGGUAGAGCCUAAAGCUUUUUCAUCAAUGGUGUUGUCAUUAUUCCUGAACUCACAAUGCACCUGAAGAGGAGUGAUUUAAAUAAUUUUGUAAUGACUGGAACAGCACUACAGAAUAGCUCGUACUGCGAGGGGUUAAUCUGAAGCACCCAGAAAGCACUUUAAAACAUGUGUUUAUAUGCUUGUGGAAAGUUUGUGAUCCCGUUAUGCAUUCUUUGUAGUAGAUUAUCUUCUUUCAUGUGUUAAAAGACUUCAACUGUUAAAAUGGAACUUUGUUUAGAAUAUGUAAAUACUAAGUUUAUGUAAUUAUGUGUACAACUGUGCUCUUGGUCUCUUAAGUUUUGAAUUGUGUAUGUGUCAUUGGAUAUGCAACUCUUGGUUUAAAAUCUGCUCUAAGCGUAAAAAGAGGAAAAAGUCACCAGCAUGAAAUUGCACCUAAGUGUACCUUCACUGUGUCGUUCUCACUGUUCCCUCAGUCAGAUCUGAAUGCCAGAUGAGUUUACUUAAAUUCUUGCUUUCAAUAUUAGUGUCAUACAGUCAGCCUGCAACCAAGCUUUGUCCCGGUGCAGGGACCUGUUUUUCAUUUACACUCGUUGCAGUUGCUUGUCAUGAACUAGCUGUGCCAUUGUCAAUGUGGUCAGGAAUACACAUUCAUCUAAUUUUUAAUCAUGUGGUGGAAUCUUUGGGAAAAAAAAAAUAAAAACCCCAAACCCUUA